AUGUCUGCCUUGACAGAUUCAGAAGAUGAAGCUGAACAGCGACCAUCUUUUGGCACUCCAACAGCGAUGGUUGCACCCUUUACCUAUAACCCUGGCGAGAUGAUGAAAGCAGUAGGGAAGCGGCCAUAUUCAUCCAUUUCUGCUGCGGGAGAUGCCAACGCAAAAGGCGGGACCAUGCUGGCCCACAAUCCUGCUGAAUUUGUCAGACGCAGGGGAGAAGACCCAGUUGAAAUGUCUGAGAAAGCUCGUAAAAUGAUGGUCAAGAUGGGGCACAAAGAGGGAACUGGUCUGGGCAAGCAUGGCCAGGGCAGGACACAGAUUGUUGAAGCGUCCACGCAGCGAGGACGGCGUGGUCUGGGCAUGACUGUGGCAGGGUUAGAACCUUCUAAUGUCGAGUGGGACUUCAGCAAAGAAGAGAUUAUUAUAGAUGAGGUUAUCGAAUGGCUGCCUCCAUACACUGGUUCUGUUCCAUCAUUGGAAGAAAUGGAGACAUGGAAAGUUGUUGGUCCGAAAAAAAGGGAAAUUGACGAUGAAGUUCACUUUUGCUCAAAAGAAAGUCUAGAUAUGGUAUUAAAUGGCAAAAGUGUGUUUGAUAUGUUGGAGAGUGAGGAGAUGAGGAGGGCCAGAACUCGCUCCAACCCGUAUGAGACAAUCAGAGGUGCAUUUUUCCUAAACAGGGCAGCAAUGAAGAUGGCGAACAUGGACGCCAUUUUGGAUUUCAUGUUCACCAACCCAAAACACCCUACUGGGGAGCCGCAGGUUGGUCCCGAUGAGCUGCUCUAUUUUGCUGAUGUCUGUGCGGGCCCCGGUGGAUUCAGUGAGUAUGUUUUGUGGAGGAAGAAAGGCGAGUCCAAGGGAUUUGGUCUGACUCUGAAGGGAUCCAACGACUUCAAGCUUGAGGAUUUCUUUGCAGGACCUCCAGAGAUGUUUGAACCUCAUUAUGGUGUUAACGGUCUCCAUGGUGAUGGAGACAUCUUCAAUCCCAAAAAUCAGGAAGCAUUUGCCAAGUUUGUUCUGGAAAACACAGAUAACUUGGGUGUCCAUUUUGUCAUGGCUGAUGGUGGCUUCUCAGUGGAAGGGCAGGAGAACAUCCAGGAGAUCCUGUCCAAGCAGCUCUACCUGUGUCAGUUCCUGGUUGCUGUCUCCAUUCUCAGACCAGGAGGUCACUUUGUGUGCAAGUUGUUUGACAUGUUUACACCGUUCAGCGUCGGCUUGGUCUACUUGAUGAACAUGAUAUUUGACAAGGUGGCCCUCUUCAAGCCGGUCACCAGCCGUCCGGCCAAUUCUGAGAGGUACAUUGUCUGCAAGUACAUGAAGAAUAACAAAGAGGCAGUGCAGAAGUACAUGCAGUCCAUCAACGUAGAUCUGUGUCGCUACAUGUCCACUGUGUCCCAGCAGGACCUGCUUCACAUCGUGCCUCUGAAGAUGAUGCUUGAUGAUGAGCCAUUCUUCACCUACAUGGUCAACUCCAACGAACAGCUGGCAAAAAUCCAGGCAAUCAACUUGAAGAAAAUUGAAAUAUUUACAAAGAACAGCACCUUGCAUGAAUCUCGACAGUCAGAAGUCAGACGGAAAUGCCUGGAAAAGUGGAAGAUACCAGAUGAAGUUCGAACAGCACCAGGAAGACCUGACCCUUCAGCCCUUUUUCGGAAACUGAUCCCAGAAGGCUACCAGGAGGUGUUCCAGCAGAAGGGAGAAGCCCUGACACUCAGCACACUGCACAAGAUCAAGUGUUUGACCAGCUACAGUUGCCUGGUUCGAGGAGAAGGUCCAAAAUUUUAUCUUCUGGGCUGCGGGAGAACCAAUGUGUUUAAAUGGGACGGUGGGUCAAAUGUCAAAUGGCAAAGGUUGGAUGGAAACAAGAUUGAGCUACCUAACAGGACUUUGUUAGAAGUGCAAGCCGUGUUUGAGCUCCGAGGCGAGGGCAAAGGUCAACACAGACAGACAGCCAUCCACGUGAUUGAUGCCUACUUUUUGUGUGGGGAGGAUGUCAGGUCAUUGUCAUUUGAGAAAAGGCAACAGAAGCUACACAAGUUUGUCAAAGCUCUGAGGAAACCAACAAGGACAGACCUGACCCAGCUCCAUUGUCCAGAGAUCUUUCCCUUGGAGAAGGUUGACCAGAUCUUUGACAGGCUGGACAUGCGCUUGGUCAAGAACUCCACAAACAAACCUCGGCUGUGUUACACCACGGACUCCAGAAACUUCUUUCACCCGACCGGCAUGGUCAUCAUCCAGACAGUCAAAGAGCCCUGGAUCCGAGGUCACAGUAAAUCUACGGGAUUGGAUUAUUGGUAUAACAUUCACACCCGCCGAUCGCUGUAUGAGUGCCCAGCAGAAUCCAUCGCCACAGUUAG